CAUAACCUCAAGCUCUGAUCUGAUUUGUUCUGUUUUUGUCGCACUUUAAUUUUGUCCAUAAUAAAAUAAUCAUCUUGUUCGAGGUGUAAAAUGGAUUCACUAGAAAUUGUAGAAACUAUGAAAGCCGCUAAUUCAUAUUUGCAUGACCUGGAAAGUCUGGACAAUGAUUUAUUAGAUGCUGUAGAACAAAUAAAAAGUACUUAUUUGGAUACUGAAAAAUCUAUUCAACAGACGUUUUCGAAUAUUAGAGAAACUUUGAUAAAUGUUCUGAAUAAAAGGGAAAAGUUCCUCAUUGACAAAGCAAAAAAGAGUGAAACUGAUGGCUUAUCCCCUUUACAAGAAUGUCGUAGUAUUAUCUCAAAUAAAAUUGAAUCUACAAACAAACUCAUACAUUUAGGUAAUUCCAUUAUAGAUGCAAAUGGUUAUAAUACUACAGAAUUUGCCAAAAAUUCCAGUAUGUUGGGGAGUCUUCCUGAAGUGCCUGAACUGAAAGAAGUACCAUACCUUAGCUUCCAUUAUGAAGCUUGCACUGAAGCUAAUAUAACUGAUGUCUUGAGUCAAUUUGGUGAGGUGUACAGAAUAGCUCCUAUUCAGAUAACUGAGUGUUCUGAAAAACCUGGAGCCAUUCUGAUAGAAUGGAAGAGCAAUGAUAAUGAAGAAAGAAUGACAGAUAUACAAGAGUUCAGACUUCAAAAAGCCUUUGGGGAUGUAUCAAAAGAACCACAUUUGGUAGCUAAUUUCAAAGAUUGUUACAGGGGAUUAGAUGCUCAAUUUCUUGUGAAAGAUUUGAGGCAUCUUCAGCCAUAUUCGUUCAGGGUAUGCUGCAAAUAUGAAGGAACUUUGGAAUGGUGUCCUUGGUCAUUGCCUCAAGUGUCUUUCACAACACUCAAGCAUUUUUCUUGGCAGUCCAGAGAGGACUAUCUGUUGUCAGAUGAGAAUAAAAUAGCAAAGCCUUUUAAAAAUGAUGCAAAGACUUUGUUCUCAGAUGGACCACAGUUUCUAGUUGGACAUUCUGUUGAGUUCAUGUUUUUAGAAGUUGAUGAUGGCAACUCAUUAGUUGGCCUGAUUUGUGAAGAUGUUCAACACCAAUUGAAUGACUUGAAGUCAGGAAAACAAGGUACAUUUCUUUUAAACAGAAAUGGCAAGAUAUUCAUAGAUGGUAGUGAAAAAUCUACAAUCCUCUCAAACUUCAACAAAGGAUCAAAGGUUUGUUUCACCUGUGAUUUGGUAAAUAAAGAUAAAAUGAGAAUUAACAUUGAUUCAGAAGAAAAAAGGGUGACUUAUGAUUGGUCCAUCAAGCCUGACACAAAAAUGUACUUUGCUGCUCAGUUUUAUUCCUCCAACUGGAAAAUAUUAGUGGAAUAGGAAUGAUAUGUAAUAUUUACAUCUCAUUGUGUCAUUUAUAUAUUUUAUUAUUUAUGUUGAAAAUAUUUUUUGUUGGAUUGUUAUAUAAAGAAAUGUGCUGGAUUUCUAUUAUGUAAUAUAAUGUGGUAUAUGUA